AUGCGUGUCUCUACGUCUUGCCCAAGUGUUGGCCUGAGCAUGGUCUCGGCUCUGUUGCUACUCGUCCUGGUCGGCAUGGUCAGUGCCGCAGCUAUUCCUGCCAGGUCUGGCUCGGACGCGGUGUCGCAGCCUGUCAAGAGAUCCAUCAUCGAGGACCUCACCGAAGAGCCAGUAACACCAGGACAACCUCCUAAUUCCGCUGCUUCACUGCGCCGUGGAUGGCCGCCUCUCCCUGUCCCGGGCACCGGGGGACCGAGUCCCAAUCCGAAAGGUCGAAGUGACGCUGGUCAAGGUCGCAAAGAUCCUCCGCCUGCGGAUGUGUCGAAAGACUUCCGCCUCUUCAUCUCGGCCCAGUUCUGA